AUGGGCGCGGAGGGGGCCGCGAACGGUGCGGGGGUUGCGUGGCUGGUGCUGCUGCCGCUGCCGGGUUCGACGAGCUACCGGCCGGCGGGGCGGCCGGGGGAGAAGAUGGCGGUGACGGGGUCCAGCUGGGGCCUGGCCCAGCUGGCCGAGGCCCUGGGCUCGUCGGAACAGGCGCUGCGCCUCAUCCUGUCCAUCCUGAUGGGAUAUCCUUUUGCCUUGUUCCAGCGCUAUUUCCUCUUCCAGAAGGAGAGCUACCUCAUCCAUCUCUACAACGUGUUCACAGGACUCUCAAUUGCUUACUUCAAUUUUGGGAUGCAUUGUUUUCAUUCCCUGCUCUGUGUCCUAAUCCAGUUCCUCAUACUGAGACUCAUGGGUCGCACAGUCACUGCCAUCAUCACCACCUUCUGCUUUCAGAUGACAUACCUUAUGGCUGGCUACUACUGCACAGCCACCGAGCACUACGACAUCAAGUGGACAAUGCCACACUGUGUUUUAACACUCAAGCUAAUUGGUCUGGCCAUUGAUUACUAUGAUGGAGGAAAAGAUCUGGAGUUCCUGACCCCUGAGCAGCGGCGAUUUGCUGUCCGGGGAGUUCCUACCUUGCUGGAGGUCUCAGGAUUCUCCUAUUUCUAUGGUGCCUUCAUGGUGGGGCCUCAGUUCUCCAUGACAGACUAUCAGAAACUGGCAAGGGGUGAGAUGACUGACGUCCAAGGCCAGAGACCCAAUAGUUUUGUGCCUGCUCUCAAGCGCCUGAGUUUGGGUCUGGUGUUUCUAGUGACCUAUACCUUGGCAAGCCCUUAUGUCUCUGAUGACUACCUCAUCUCAGAUGAUUACAUGGAAAAGCCUCUCUGGUUCCGCUGUGGCUACAUCAUGAUCUGGGGCAAAAUUAUCCUCUACAAAUACGUCACUUGCUGGCUCGUUACGGAAGGUGUUUGCAUCCUGGUUGGUCUGGGGUACAAGGGGAAGGAUGAGAGUGGAAAGCCCCUGUGGGAUGCCUGUGCCAACAUGAAGGUGUGGCUGUACGAGACAACCCCUCUGUUCACAGGGACCAUUGCCUCCUUCAACAUCAACACCAACGCCUGGGUCGCCCGCUACAUCUUCAAGCGUCUGAAGUUCCUGGGUAAUAAAUUGCUGUCACAGGCACUGGCCCUGUUCUUCUUGGCCAUAUGGCAUGGGCUGCACUCUGGCUAUCUGGUGUGCUUUCAGAUGGAGCUGCUCAUAGUCAUCGUUGAGAGACAGAUCAUCAAUCUCGUUCGGGACAGCCCUCUUCUGAACAGCUUGGCCUCCAUCACUGCCUUGCGGCCCCUCUUCUAUGUGCUGCAGCAGGCCAACCACUGGAUGUUCAUGGGUUACUCUCUGGUGCCAUUCUGCCUUUUCACCUGGGACAAAUGGAUGAAGGUGUACAGGUCUGUUUAUUUCUGUGGACACGUGCUUUUCCUCACCUUACUACUGGCGUUGCCUUACAUUCGCAGAUCGAUUGUGCCACGAAAAGAAAAGCUAAAAAGAGUAGAAUAACAGCCAAAAGAUUGUACCACCUGUGCAUUUGUAGGAGUCGAUUCCAAACUCCGGAGCAGAGUCACCUGCCACCUUUGCCGUGCUGUAUGACUUUGAUCCAACGCGAGGAGGGGGAAGGAGGAAGCGCAGGGUCCGAGCCCUGCAAGACGCUCGGAGCGAGGCACCCCGCUCCCACCCUCCGCCUGUUGCCUUAUCUCUCUGCCGCCCUCCAGUGGACACUCGUGGCUCUGCCGGUACCAGAUGAUUGCGAAGCGCUCCAAGGCGGAUCGGGCAGG